AGGUGCACGCUGAUUGGCUAUCCGCACUUCCGCGUCACGCACUUCCGUGAGGGAACAAAGCUAAAUGCGAACGAGUCACUAGCUGUGUGCAGCUAAUAAUUUCAGUGUAAUUUGAAUUCUAGUCUCUUUAAAACAUUUACUGCAUUUAAGAUUUGUUGAGUAAAGCUAAAGUCAAGUUUUUACAGAUCAUUCCUACUGUAGAACAUAUCUAUAUCUAUCUAUGUAGCAGAACAUACCUAUCAUAUAGUUUAGUGGAGCUUAAACAGUGUUAGCUGCACAGUGUAAAGCUAAGAAAGCGUGUAUUAUCAGACCUGGGCUGCAAGAGCUGCGUUUGAGGAUGGUGAACAAACUACAGUAUGUGAAAGGAAGUCUGUUCUCCUGCCCCAGCACACACUCUCUGGCUCACUGCAUCAGCAUGGACUGCAAGAUGGGCGCAGGCAUUGCUGUAACCUUUAAAAAGGAGUUUGGAGGUGUUGAAGAACUCCUGGCACAACAGAAGCAACCAGGAGAGUGUGCUGUGCUUAAGAGAGGUGAUCGAUUUGUCUACUACCUGAUUACAAAGGAAAAAUACAACCAGAAACCUACCUAUGAAACACUCAGACAAAGUCUGGAAGCAAUGAAAGCACACUGCUUAGAAAAUGAAGUCACCAAGCUAUCAAUACCACGUGUGGCACCAAUAUUUAUUUACAAGGAAUCAGAACAGCUUACUUUUCAUUAUAUUGUACAUUUGAAUAUAUACUUGGGGCUUUAGGAUUGGCUGUGGUUUGGACCGGCUGGCUUGGGACAAAGUGUCUGUGAUCAUUGAAGACGUCUUCCAGCACACAGAUGUAGACAUAACUGUGUAUUCCCUAUAGGCUGCAACAGUCCAGGAAGACGAUUUACACUUUCAGUGCUUGGAUCAUCUUUGAAUAAUAGCACCUAUGUUUCUAUUCUUGGAUUAGGGACAACAUAGCAGUGCUAGCUUGUAAAUAAUUCUCAACUUUAAUGAAGUCAAUGCAGACCUUGCACAGUAUGAUCAGUGUUCAGAUUCUGUUCUCAGAGCCCCUGGAGUUUACAAAUGAUUAAGCAUGUUCACUAAUAGAUGGUGUUAUUAUUUGGAAGGAGUCUAAGUGUUUCUAAAUCUGAUCUCUUGUUCACUUUCUUCCAGUUCCAGAUUAACUGUGAUAACCAUACAAUAUUUUAUUUAAUAAACAUAUAACUGUACUUAUGCCAAA